AUGAACGAGGAUCUAGCAAGAGAGCGCUCCAAGGCAACCUUUUCGGUGGAAAGAAUCACAAAUCUGCUAGAUGGAUGCCCUCAUCGAAGACAACGUCGUCGGCAACUCGAAGCCAUCAUUGAACGAGAUCCCGUCUUUUCCAACGACGACAACAUUUACCUUUCCCGCAAAGAGCGUCAUGUCCGCGCCAUUGCCAAGGGUGUUCGAUUGGUGGAAGUGUGUGGCAAACUGGGCAUUGGUACCCAGGAGGAACGGAUCUUUGACAGUCCCGAUUGGUUGACCCUGCUGAAUGCCAUUGCCGAUGAUUUGCCAUUGGGAAUUCAUUGGGUCAUGUUCACUCCCAAUAUUAUUAGUCUCUUUGAUGAUGAACAGCAAGCCAAAUGGCUUCCCCAGUGUCUUUCUUUUGAAAUGAUUGGAUGUUAUGCCCAGACAGAAUUGGGACAUGGAUCCAAUAUUCGAGCCUUGGAAACCACAGCAACCUUUCUUCCAGAGGCAAAAGGAGGAAUGAAGGGAGGUUCUUUUGUCAUUCAUUCACCCACAUUAACCAGUGCCAAGGCUUGGCCAGGAACCUUGGGCAGAGUAGGCACACAUGCCAUCGUCAUUGCUCAGCUCAUUGAUGGAAAAGGCAAGAACCAUGGAAUCCACAAUUUUCUAGUUCCUCUGCGGUCACCAGACACGCACAAGCCAUUACCUGGCGUCACGUCGAUUGAUCUGGGUCCCAAACUUGGAUUCAACAACAUGGACAAUGGAUUGGCCAGCUUUGAUCAUGUUGUGAUUCCACGUCGAAACAUGGCCAUGAGAUUUGCUCAUGUGGAUGAGCAAGGCAAUUAUAGCAAGAAGCAAGUCUCUCGAGCAGCUUCCAAGAUUGCCUACAUCACCAUGAUGCAGGUGCGAGCCCAUAUCAUUCAUGAGGCUAGCAAGCAUUUGGGAAUUGCCUGUACCAUUGCCAUUCGAUACUCGGCAGUUCGCCGUCAAGGCUACAAUGCAACCGACAACGAUACCGCUCAAGAGCUACAGAUUCUGGACUACAAACAACAACAGCAUCGACUCUUUUCGUCCCUGGCAGCCGCCUAUUGCUUCUUCUUUUCGGGCAAAAAGGUAUUGGCACGGCUCAAUGACAUGGAGGCCCGUCUUGCUGCCAACAAGACCAUGACCAAAGCAGAAACGACGGAUAUUCAUGCAUCUUCGUCAGCGUUAAAGUGCCAUACGAGUACCAUUGCUGGUGACGGUUUGGAAGAUUGCCGGAAAGCUUGUGGGGGUCAUGGCUUCUUGCAAUGCAGUGGACUCCCAGAACUGGUGUGCACAUACGUACAUCAUGCCACUGUCGAGGGCGACAAUCACAUGCUGCCACAACAAGUAGCCAAGGUUCUCCUCAAGCUGGUACAAGCAGUGGAUGGCGGACAAGAGUUAAGUGACUACCUGAACUGCGACUGCGGUCUCCUCAUCCCGUCCAUUCAGAGCAUUUUGGGGGGAGAUACACCACAAUUCACUUGUACGGCUUCGACCGAAGCCGAGUUGCAGUCCAUGUCUGUGCUUCUCGCGGCCUUUCGACACCGAGCAGCGAGACUUCUGGUGGAUAUCUACCGGCUGAUGCAAACAUCCAUGGCCGAGGACGGUAAGAGUGCCCAAGAUGCGUGGAAUGAGGCACUUGUCGAAAUGGCACGGUGUACACACGCCUACGCCCAGUUCCUGCUACUCUACAAUUUCCAAGUAGGUCUGGAAGAUGAGGCGAAAAGAUGUACUUUGGGCACCAGCGAGAUUGAGGUGUUGUCGCAGUUGACACUGCUUUGUGCUUUUUCCUGGAUGGAACGGAGCAUGGGAGACUUUUUGGAGGAUGGAUGUCUGACGCCAGAGCAAUCUCGUUGGGUCCGCUCUGGUGUGAGGAGGUUGCUGGAUGCGAUCCGACCCAAUGCCGUGGCGUUGGUAGAUGCCUUUGAUAUUUCUGACUUUCGAUUGAAGAGCGUCCUAGGCCGGUAUGAUGGAAAUGUGUACCCGGCGCUGGUGGAAGCCGCCAAGCGAGACCCACUCAAUCAGACAGAGCCAGGUCCUGGGUGCGAGCAACUACUCCGUCUCGUUGGCGGUGGUCGUGUUUUCACGCCCACAACAUCAAGACUGUAG